GAUAGGCGUCAACCGGAUAACCAUGCUGUCCUACUCUGUCCUUUUUUUUCAACUCCUCAUUCAUUUCUUCAUUUGCUUUCUCAUUCCCUUCCUCAUUCACCUUCUCAUUUCCCAUCUCGCCCCAGUCCUUAUUUUCAUCCACUCACCGAAGCCUAUAAAGUAUCUAGAAUAUGACAGCCGCAACCGCAGAUAAUCUAGUGGACCAUCAUGCACCAAGAAAGCCUGUAAGAGUCUGGGUCGACGGGUGCUUUGAUGUAAUGCACUAUGGUCACUACAAUGCCUUGCGCCAAGCCAAAGCCAUGGGCGACAGUAUCGUCGCAGGCGUUCAUUCAGAUGCAGAAUUGCUACUCCACAAAGGACCCCCUGUCAUGAACGAGCAAGAGAGAAUUGCAACUGCAGCGGCCUGCAAAUGGGUCGACGAAGUAGUCCCUAAUGCACCCUAUCUGACCUCUCUCGAAUGGAUGGACCAGUAUAACUGCGACUUUUGUGUCCACGGAGACGACAUCUCUACACUGGCAGAUGGCUCGGAUUCAUAUAAGCAUGUCAAGGACGUAGGACGGUAUCGCGAGUGCAAGCGCACGAAAGGUGUCUCGACCACAGAUCUAGUCGCGCGUAUGUUGCUCAUGAAGCAGGAUGCUCCCGACAAUGUUGUCCCUGAAGACGGGACAUGCCACUCCGAUGUAGAUGUCGGCGUUGACGGCGAUAGGAACGCAGAUGCGUGUCACGUCCUGGCAACGGCUAGAAAGAUCGUACAGUUCGCAAGCGGGAAUAGGGAACCAAAGAAGGGCAGCAGGAUCGUGUACGUUGAUGGAACGUUUGAUCUAUUCCAUGUUGGACAUAUCGAGUUUUUGAAGCGCGCUAGGGCUACGGGAGAUUAUCUCGUGGUGGGCGUACAUGAUGAUCAGACCAUCAGAGCGAUCAAGGGUCCCAAUCAUCCACUUUUGAGCAUGCAUGAGCGUGUCCUGAGUGUCCUUUCCUGUCGAUAUGUCGAUGAUGUCGUGAUAGGUGCACCGUAUGCUGUCACGGACCAAAUCCUGGACGGAGACUAUCCCGUGGACGUGGUUAUGCACGGAAGCACACCUACUUCGAACAACUUACUCGGUCAAGAUCCCUAUAAGGUGGCUAAGGAACGGGGCAUCUUUGUGCAGCUGGAAGGUCCACCUCACCCGGUGACGACUGGAAGUAUUGUGCAACGAAUUUUGAUCAACCGCACCUUGUAUGAAGAACGGCAAAAGAGGAAGACUGCCAAGGAAGCCGCUGCAGUUAUCGCACACUCAAAAGAAGAGUAGAACUGCUGGAUCGAAAAAAAAGAAUAUAAUAAAGACGUGAGGAAAAGAAGAGAACACCCUCGCCUACAGCAACUGGGUGUCACCCCACGACCUUUGCAUUUGGAAAUGUCUGAGUGGAUGGACCGCCUCGCGUAAAGUGAAAUGCGAUCCAUUUCCGAAGACAAGCCACAGGUAGCCCACAGAAAACCCAACCUCUUUUUUUUUCUGGAACCCUGGAGAAAAAGGAAAUAAAGAGC